CAAAAUCCAUAAAACUCGGUUACUUUCCGUGUCUGAAUCCCUUCAACGCCAUCGUUAUAGUCAAAACCCUCUAUAAAGCACCCCAAAAUUCUCCCAAAUCCCACAAAUUCUUACAAUAUUCUUCAAAUUCAAAUGGUCGUCAACAAGAAAAACUGGUCGCCGUGGCACCACUCUCCGCCGCCGCCGGAUGCCGGAGCCAAAAAGUUCCGAGUAAAAGUGGAACGUAUAAAGCUAGAAGGAUUCGAACACGGAACCGGAGGCAGAGAUAAGGUUAUGGGGGUCGAAUUGAGGUGGAAAGGUGAACGGAAACACGGGCUGGCGGCCGUCGGAUUUCAUCGCCGGCGGCCGGAACUGCGGUGGUGCAAGGAGAGAACCGUCAGGAAAGGGGAGGUUAUUGUUUGGGAAGAAGAAGAUGAUUUGGAAAACGUUUGUUUGUUUUCAGAAACGUCAGCUAUUGGUGGUGAGAUCGAUGGACAUAAGUUUGUUCCGUGGAUUGUGACGUUAAAAUUAACCUAUGGAGAAUACAUGAAGGGGAAAAUGUCGAAGAUCGGAAACGUAUCACUGGAUUUAGCAGAGUUUGUUUCGAAAAUCGAGUCUCCAGUGAUCGAGAAGAAGCUUCCGGUUGAUCUAAUGGUGUCCGGAUUAACGACACAGGCUACAAUCUCGGUUUUGUUGAGUUUUGUGGAAAUUAGGGACUCUGGUGAGUUUGAUUCUGAGUCGACUCAGUUGGAGGGUACUCGAGUUGUAAGAGCCAAGAAGAAACAAUUGAGUUUGGAAGAUGUGAGUUUAUCUGACUCGGAUGACUCAGUCAUGUUCGACUCGGAUGCAACAUCGGAGUUGCUAUCUACCACUCCACCGUCGUCUUCGGUUGUUGUUAAUCCGGAUAAAAAGACUGGGAUAUUUGAUUGGAAGAGACGGCGAUUAAACUUUAGACCGUCGAAAACAAAAGUUGAAGAUUCCCGACCGGUCACGUUGUUUUCAAAUGACUCGGUUGUCUCGGGUGACAAGUACAAGACGAAUAAUUCGUUUCAAAAUACAUGGGAAACAAGAGAAUUCGUUAGUCGAGACGGUGAGUCAAAGCUUAAUACACAAACAUUCUUCGCUUCUUUCGAUCAACGCAGUGACAAAGCAGCCGGACCAAGUGCUUGUACCGCUUUAGUCACGGUUAUGGCCCACUGGCUCAUGUCGAAUGACUCGACUACAAUGCCAACGGUCCAAGAGUUCGACACACUCAUUAUCGACGGUUCAUCCGAAUGGAGAACCCUUUGCGAAAACACGACCCACGUAGUCGAAUUCCCCGAUAAACAUUUCGACCUUGAAACAGUGUUACGUGCCAGAAUCCGUCCGUUAACUGUUUCCCGCGAGAAAUCAUUCGUUGGGUUUUUCAGUCCCGAGAAAUUCGACUCCUUAACAGGAGUAAUGUCGUUUGAUGAUAUAUGGGAUCGUGAAAUCAGUCGAAACCUAGGGGUGUACAUAGUCAGCUGGAACGAUCAUUUCUUCGUGUUGAAAGUGGAUGAAGGCGGUUACUAUAUUAUCGACACUUUGGGCGAACGGCUCGUUGAAGGGUGCGAGCAAGCGUACAUCUUGAGAUUCGAUAAUGGCUCGAGUUUGACCGAAAGUGGGACGGACCAGGUGGUUUGCAAAGGGAAAGAGUGUUGCAAAGAGUUUAUCAAGAGGUUUUUAGCAGCCAUACCACUUAAAGAACUUGAAACCGAGGAGCGAAAACAGGCUGUUCCAUAUUACUCGUUGCACCACCGCUUGCAGAUCGAAUUCAACUUCUGUAGUAUGGUGUAGCAAACGACUCGAGUCGUAUAUAUUGUAUAUAGUUAGUUGUAUCAUGUAUGUAUAAACUGAAUUGAUAAACUCUUGACAUGUGUUUGUAUUGAUUCAAAAUAAAUGACUUUCAA